AUGAGAAGCGGGGCCUCCAGUUUGAAGGCAUCGUCGAUUGUAAGAAAAAGGGAAGAAAUGGCACUAGCGCACAUGAAGGUAGAGCAGUUGAAGAUUCGGCAACAAUUUGAGAUCCAGGAACAGGAAGUUAGAAGGCAAAGGGAAUUAGCAGAAGCAGAAAUGGAAGCUAAUAUGGCGGUGGUCUCCUAUGAAAUAUUCCAGGAAAACGAGGGUAGUAUCUCAGAGAGUAAGGAGCUAGGAAAAUAUGUAUGAUGUACAGGACACUAAUGAGCCCAUUGAGCUAGUUUUAAUGAAGGAGAAAGAGAGUAAACAAAGUUACAAAAGCGAAAGACAAUCAUGUGAAGUUCUAACCGAUAGGGGAUUCCAGCACAAGGGAUUUAGAAAUGCGAGCGAAAUACAUGAAUCGAACAGUAGAAAACUCCUAGUUCAAGAAGGACAAUCGCAACCGUCCUUACAACAAUAUCAAGGGCUGCCAAUCUUGGACCACAGUUCUGCUUCUGGACUUAGAGAAACAGGAACUUUACCGUUUGGCUUACCAGCUGCGAGAUCCCAGGAACUAUUACCAAGUUUAGCAGCAACGGGCACCAGUUACAAAUGGAAGCGGGAAUAG